AUGGAUCAAAGCAAUUAUAGUUCUCUUCAUGGUUUUAUUCUACUUGGCUUCUCUGAUCAUCCCCAAUUGGAGAUGAUUCUGUCAUGUGUUGUCACUAUCUUCUACUUGAUUACAUUGGUGGGCAACACAGCCAUCAUUCUUGCAACUCUCUUGGAUUUCCAUCUGCACACACCAAUGUAUUAUUUCCUCAGGAAUUUAUCUUUCCUAGAUCUCUGUUUCACCACCAGCGUCAUACCUCAGAUGCUGGUUAACUUGUGGGGACAAAAUACGACCAUCAGCUAUGUGGGUUGUGUCAUUCAACUUUAUGUCUGUAUGUGGUUGGGAUCCAUUGAAUGUCUUCUCCUGGCUGUUAUGUCCUAUGAUCGUUUUACAGCUAUUUGUAAGCCUCUGCAUUAUUUGGUAAUCAUGAACACACAUCUGUGUCUCAAGAUGAUUAUCUUGGUCUGGGGCAUUAGUUUCACUAAUUCUCUGGUGUUAUGUACACUCACACUAAAUUUGCCUAGAUGUGGAAACAACAUUCUGGAUAAUUUCUUGUGUGAGUUGCCAGCAAUGAUCAAGAUAGCUUGUGUAGACACCACAACAGUUGAAAUGUCUAUUUUUGCUUUAGGCAUUGUUAUUGUCCUUACACCCCUCCUCCUUAUCCUUAUAUCCUAUGGCUACAUUGCCCAAGCUGUGCUGAGAAUGAAGUCAAAAGCAGGCCAAAGAAAAGCCAUUAAUACCUGUGGAUCUCAUCUCACUGUGGUGUCCAUCUUCUAUGGAACUAUCAUCUACAUGUACCUGCAGCCAGGUAACAGUGCCUCCAAGGACCAGGGCAAGUUCCUCACCCUCUUUUACACCAUUGUCACUCCAAGUCUUAACCCCCUCAUCUACACCUUGAGGAAUAAGGACAUGAAGGAUGCACUGAAGAAGCUCAUGAGAGUUGAACAUGAAUCUACAAAAAUGAAAAGGAACUGGAAACAUAGAAGAAUGUUAAUGUAA